UCCCACAUAACAUGAGCUCCCAAACAAGAAAGCAGCAGCUUCAGGGUCCCAGGCCUGCGCCUCUUAGAGUGAGCGAAGGUUCCAGAAAGAUCAUCAAAAAGCCAGUUAUAGUAUAUUUGGAGUCUCCCAAGGUUAUUCAGGUCAGACCUGAGGAAUUCAAGGGCACAGUUCAACGCCUUACCGGGAAUCAUGCGCCGGUCGGACCUGAGGAAUUUCAGGGUACAGUUCAACGCCUUACCGAGAAUCAAGCGCCGGUAAUGGUUGCUGCCGAUGAAGCCAUGGGCAUGGGAAUCUCAAGCGACGGCCAACAGGAGUAUCAUGACGCCGGUUCAUCAGCUUUUGGAAUGCCUCCAUUAAUGCCUUCCGACUUUGCCGCUCAUCCUAGCUUCUAUCAUUCUAUGUGAAUGGAGAUCUUCGCUAAAUGCUCAAGAAAUUUUAUAUUGUAUACCAAAAAAAAAUUUUAUUUUUAUUUUUUUAAUUUUUUUUUUCUGGGUGGGGGGGGAGAGUGCAUAGAUUCUCGGAAAUUCCACCUAGCUAAUAGAGUUCUUCUGAUCGAACACAAAUAUUUUUUCAUAAUUUUUUUUUAGGGCAAUAUUUUUUCAUAAUUAAGGGUUGAUAUUAAUUGUGACACACUUAAUCAAUUGAGUGUCGUGAGGAAUACCACAGAAUUUAAUUAUUACAAGUUUUUUUAUUAA